GACGAUAAGGAAACUAUAUAUAGUCUCCUUACUACCGGUUUACUGUCUAAUGAUAAAUGAAUAAAUACAGUAAGAUGCAUCAUAACCAAUUUGUACGCCCUUAGUAGGUAAUGGUCAGGAAAAAGAACUCUUGGAAACAUAGUGAACAUUACGCUUGUCAUUCCGGUCCUCAUGCUGACAUUGCAAAAUUUCUAUAACAUGAUUUUUUUUCUCGUUUUUUUCUAGGCACCGGUCACGCCCAGCUAUAACGUAUGCCCCCACCUCUAUGUAUACACGAUAGUAAAUAUGUAAAGAGAAAGAAUGCGAAAAUUACUUAAAACACACAAGGCUAAUAUAUGAACGUGCCUCAGGGCCUCCCAUUGCUGACUGUGUACCGGUAGAAUAAAAGUUUACGAAGAAUGAACCCGGAAAAAGGAGAAAAUGGGCAAGAACUAUGAUUGAAAACCUUUAGGAAGCAUUACAGAGCUAAUUCACCAGUCCAACACCGUCUCGUAACAGCCGAUCCACACUGAACAAUAUCCCAUACGAUCCAUAAUGGCGAGUCUUCGAUGCCACACCAAAUACACAAGACUAGCUUUUCCUGUAUAGUUUCCUCAAAUUUCUGAAGUUAAAAAUACGAAACACUAUACAAUGAAAUUUCGAGGGCUCUGAUAUUGGUUUGGGAGUUUACUAACCCGGCUAGCAGAGAAAUAAAAGAACAUACCGAUAUAUGGCACCCCUGAGUCGCAUGUGUGGCUCCUAGGUGUGGCCUGUGGACCGUGGCACCACCUCACCUCAGUCACCUUGAUCAGAGUGCCGCAAGUGACCCUGCGUCCUCAUUCCCCAGACUGGUGAGCCGCUACAAGAUGGGAAGCGAGAUCACAUGGAGCCCCGUUUCCCUUGACCUUGGUUGGGGGCACAUGGCUGGCAAGAGCUGUGUUGUUGGCGGUGGAGUGCACACAAGUGGCCUGAGAAUCCUAGGUGUUCAUGGCUGGCUGGACAACGCAAAUUCCUUUGACACCCUUGCACCCUAUCUACCCUGUGGGGUGAAGCUGUUGGUGCUGGACUUGCCUGGGCAUGGACAUUCAGACCAUUUGCCUGCUGGUGCUCAGUAUGAUCUAAUAACCUAUGUCCUACAUCUGAGACGAGCAAUGGAUAAGGUUGGCUGGGACAGAUUCGUUAUUUUAGGCCACAGUCUGGGUGGGGGGAUAACCACCUUCUUCACUGCCCUCUUCCCUAAGAGAGUAAUAGCUAUAAUUACUUUGGAUUCUAUCAUAUUCAGACCUAUGACCAUUGAAGACCUUCAGAUGAAUGUUGCCACACUUCUAAAAGGAGAGGUACUGAAGAAACAGGAGAAUCUUGUUUACUCCGAGCAGCAAGCUAUUGAACGACUCAUCAGUGCCCGAGGGGAGGCAGCCAUUGAUGCAGAUGCAGCAUACAUCCUCCUGCCAAGAUCUGCCCAACAAGUGGAGGGUGGAUACAUGUGGAGUCACGACCACAGAGCGAGAGCAAGAUUACAUUCAAUAUUUACCGUUGACGGAUGGCGCAUGAUAAUCUCCAGUAUCAAGUGUCCAGUCCUGAUCGUCGCUGCUAACCAGGGAAUAUGUACCCCACCCGUUCGAGAAGCCAUGAAGGGAGCGAUUGAGUGGUUCCGCAGCAAUGCCCAGUGGUUUGAGCUGGCCCCAGUGGACGGCUCGCAUCACGUUCACUUGACUUAUCCUGAGAGAGUGGCCAAACCCCUCGUACCCUUCCUCCAAAGAGUUGCUCUGGAGGCUGCUUCCCCUAAACCCUUACAAGCAAGAUUAUGACCUUUGUAUCUGUAAUCAUGCCAUUACCUAGUAAAAAGCAGAUGUACUGUACUGACCCCAUAGCCUAACAGUAGGAUUAUGACCUUUUGUGUCUGUGAGCAUGACAACCUUUUUUAUGUCUAUUUACUAUACUGUCCCCAUACCACUAAAAGCAAGAUUUUGACCUUUGUGUAAUCAUGGCAGUCUUGUAAGAUUGUAUGGUUCUGUCCAUUGACCCCUACAAGAAAGACUACAACCUUUUAGUGUUUGUAAUUAUAUAACAAUUUUGUAAAAAGCUAAUGUACUAUUUAUGAUUAUUUAUGUUGCUGAAAUGGAUGUUUAUUUUAUUAUACUUUUAAAAUUUAUGUUCUUUUAAAUUUUAUUAAAAUACUAAAAUUUAACCAGUAGAGGUGCUACAUACAGUACUAUUUAUGUUUUAAGUAGAUGUUUAUUUUAUGAAAUUUAUCAAUUUCAUCAAUGCACAGAAAUUUUACCAGUACGCCUGUUACUAAAAUUCGUCGGAAUUAUGUUU